CCUACGCACGCGGAGGGAAAACCGAACAUGGCACCUAAACUCGAGCGUUUUGUCAGCCCGGGGAAAGGUAAUGGUCUGCGCGCGACAGCCGGGAUCAGGAGAGGGGAGCUGGUGUACUCCGCCGAGCCGCUGGCCUGCUGUGUGUCCAACAAACUGGCAAGAGACGUCUGCCACCACUGCUUCACACGACACGAGACCUUGUUACGGUGCUCCCAGUGCAAGCUGGCUCGCUACUGCAAUAGCACUUGCCAGAAACUAGCAUGGUCAGGUCAUAAGAGAGAGUGUAAAUGUCUGCAAAAUCUCCUACCCAGAAUUCCCACUGACUCAGUCCGUCUGGCUGCAAGACUCAUCUUUGCCUUGUUAAGUCCAUCCAAGAGCAGUAGCGAGGAACUCUACACUUUGGAGGAGCAUGAAUCACACCUGAGUUCGAUGUCAGAGCAAAAGAAACAUGGUCUGUCUCAGCUAGCAUCCAUGUUACAGCUGUACCUACAGCAUGAAGUACCUGACCUAGCAGAGAGAGUGACAUCAGCAUUGCCACCUUCCUGCCAAGAACCCCUCAGCCUUAUUGCAAAGGUGACAUGUAAUUGUUUCACCAUCAGUGACGGAGAGCUGCAAGAGAUUGGAGUUGGGCUGUAUCCUAGUUUAUCUCUGCUAAACCAUGACUGUAGGCCAAACUGUGUGAUGGUGUUUGUGGGAACAAAACUGCAGCUGAGAGCUGUUCGGGAUAUCAACGCUGAAGAGGAGCUGACCAUAAGUUACAUCGAGACGUUGUCAAUAACGGAAGAUCGUCAGAGGCAGCUGGAGGACCAGUACCUUUUUACAUGCCACUGCCAAUAUUGUGACUCUCAAAACAUGGACGGACUCAUGCUGUCGGGGGAAGAAUCAACAUGGUGCCAGCUGAAGGAGGCUCUACCCAGACUGGAAGGACUUAAAGCGCAGUCGGACUGGCAAGCACUACUAAAGAGCUGUAGUCAUCUGUCAUCGAUUGUCGGGGCUGCCGUGCCUGAUGAGAAUGUGUUUAAACUCCGAAUGACAGACAUGGCUGUAGACGCUUCCAUUCACCUGGGACACUGGGAGGAAGCUCUGGGAUAUGGGGAAAAAACACUUCAGGCGUACAGACAGUACUACACUGAUCCCCAUCCGGUCCAUGGGAUCCAGCUGGUGAGAGUCGGAAAGCUGCAACAUUACCUGGAACAUAUUGAAGAAGCUCUGGACACAUUCAAACAGGCCUAUCAGAUAAUAAAGUUCACCCAUGGUGACGAUCACCCCAUGACCACCGAUCUAUUGAUGAAGAUGGAGGAAUGUCGCUCUGAGAUGAAUCAGAAAUCAUUUAUCUGUCACUGAGACAAAGUCACAUAAAAGAAAGCUGCUACUGGA